AUGGUCGGGUGGAUACACAUCUCACUGGUGGUGGCAUCCGCCGGAAUAUUCCUCCUCCUCUUUCUCUUCUUCCACUGCUUCUGCCACACAAAACAACCGGAGCCCGUCGCCGGACCUCCGUCUAUACAAAACGGGAUUUCUAAGCUUCACCAUCAAGAUAAUGCAUUCAACAACAAAAGACGAACGAAUUACUAUGUUUCCCGACGUGGGUUAUCCUCGAAACCUUUGUUCAAUUGGUCCGACAACCCUUCACUCAUCGCCGACGCCGUGGAAAACGGUUGGUCACAAUUCGCCUUCACCGACUACGCAUCCUCCUUGUCUGUCCGAUCAAACCGGUUUCUACUGGGUUCCUGCGCUUCCUCAGGCGAUGGCAGUGGUGGCGACGCUGAGGAGGUGGAAAUCAGUUGGGAAGUCUGCCAGGGAUCCGCUGAUUUCAUGCAAAAGAUUCAUCUUAAUUCCGGAUUAAAGAAAAUGGCUUCGAGUACAAGCUCGUCAAUGGCUGCCGGUUCUGUCAUCAAAUCGGCCUUGCCAUUACCAGGUCCGGCGUUGGGGAAUUCAUCGCCGUUCCCACAAGAAGCCUACUUUGAAAUUACGAUAUUGUCCAUCUGUGAGAACGAAAAUGGAAUCGAUUCCGAUGGAAAGGCAAGGUUAAAUACGGGAGAAGGAGAGAAUAUCAAGUUAAUUCAAGAGCAUGGUGAAAUGCAUGCUAAUUGUGAAGAGUCAAAUGAUCGAACAAGUGUUAGUAAAGAUACAGUUGAAGGGAAAAAUGAAGUGUUUAUUAUGUUGUCGGUGGGUCUUACCGGCGGAGGUUCGUUGCCGGUGAAACUUCCGGGAAGUUAUCCGGGAUCCGUUGGCUUUAAUUCCGAUGGCUCUAUUUACUUGGAUGGAGUUAAACUGAUAACUGAAUUAGAAAUUGAAAGAUGGGAAAGAAACGAGAAGGUGAUUGGCUGCGGCUACAAUCCAAGCCAGAAGAAAGUUUUUUUCACGAUAGAUUCGAAACUCGUACAAGAAAUCCACUGUAAGACCGAGGAAUAUGGAACUCCGCUCUAUCCAACGUUGGCAGCGAACAGUGACAUUAUGGUACUUGUAAACUUCGGGCAAAGCAUCUUCAAAUAUGCACCAGCAAAUUCGCAAAGAACUCAAAAUCCCUGUUUCGUUGGACCGAUGGCAAAUUCUUCAUCGUCAGGGUACGAAGAUAGCAAAGAAUUUUUCUCAAUGGGUAGAAUAGAUUCACAGUGGUUAAAUCGACCAACAACAAGAAGUGGACAAUAUAACCUUAAUGUUAAUAAAGGGAAGACAAAGGACUACGAUGAGGCUUCUGAAGGGGAUUUGUUUGAAAUUGUGUUGGAUAGUAAUAGUUACAGAAAGUCACCAGGCACACCUUUUUAGCCAACAAUAUAUGAUUUUUGUUCUUUAUGGAAGUUGACAUGUUGUUGGCCAAGUAUAUAAGCCUUCUAGCUACAUGAACAAAUGUGAUAUGUAUUCUUUUAGAUGAGGAUUGAAGAUUUUUUUUAACUACUAGAACUUAGAUACGAAUCGAAAUUGGCCAACCAAUGGCGAUAUUUCCU